AUGCGCCGGCCGUGGCGCCUCUCGUCACGGGGCGCGCGGUGGGGCGUGGAGAGGGCGCUUCUGGGGGCGGUGUGGGUGGCGGGAUGGGCGGGGCUGUGCGCGUGGGUGGUGUGGUUCGCGCACACGCAGGCCGCCAAUCCGCGGGAGGAGGCGAUGCGCGGGUGGUGCCACUUGCGUGUGCGCUACCUCUACCAACGGCUGCUCUCGUCCGUCUCGCGCGUGCAGGAGAUGUCAGCGCUGCUGCGUGUGUUCAACGGCUACGGCCCGCGCAGCUCCACCAACCUCACCUACUGGGGCGUGGCGGGGUGUGCCAAUAACGAGAGCCUGACUCGCUAUAAGGAUGCCACCAUCGCCAUGGGCUUGGACUACCUCACCUUAGGGACACUCACCAUGCUCGUGGACGAUAGCGACAGGGCAUUGGUGGAGCGUAUAACAGGCAUGGUCAUAAAGUCACCUCUCGGGCUGCCCUCUCCCCGCAAGCCGCGAUAUAUCGUCAAUCUCCUCAGCGGAUACCCCAACAACGAUCCCAAGGCCUUCACCGAUUUCUCCGCCAUGGUCCCCCAAUCGCUCCUCUCCUCCGUACUCGAGGGCAACGCCGUCUCCUCACCGCCUGUGUUUUUCAACAGCGAGUUACAUGUCGGCACUGUGAUUGUGGUGCCCAUCAUGCGACAUCCCGUCCCUGACAACGCAACAACGGAGCAGCGAAGGGAGAGCUUCAGCAACACCUCGUGGGCAGACCUCAGCUAUCUGGGCAACGAGCUACAAGCCGUCCUCAGCCUUCUAUCUAACGGCAGCAGCACCAGCGCCUACUCCAUAGCCAUGUAUGACACCACCGACCCAGGGCAGCCGCUCGGCCCAGAUCCAUUGAAGAUGGAGAGCGGGUCGCUCUACCCUUAUGUGCUGCCGGGUCCUGUGGUGCCGGGUUCCAAGCACGUUGAACCGUUUCCUAAGGACCUGCUGGGUCGCAGAUACGAGGCGCACUGCAGGUUUGAUGGCCCCUACCCCAAGUGGGACCUCGUGUACGCCCCCAUGCUGCUUGGCCUGUUGGUGCUACUAGUGGCUGUGUUGAUUUCCCUCGUGAUUGUGGUGCUGGCAUGGAAGCGGAGGCAGAUGGCGGAGGGGUUGAGAGAGAUGCAGCUGUGUACGGCGGCGCUGGAGAGAGCCGAGAAGUCCAAGAGUGAGACCGUGGCCAACACGUCUCAUGAGCUGCGCACGCCACUCAUCGGCGUGAUAGAGGCGCUAGAGGGAGCUAAGAAGCCCAAGAGUGAGACCGUGGCCAACACGUCUCAUGAGCUGCGCACGCCACUCAUUGGCGUCAUAGGCAUGAUAGACGAGUUGCUGGAAUCGCGGUUGGAGGAGUGGCAGCGUGAGGACCUACCACUCCACUUCCCACCCCCCUCCCCCCUCGUUCUCCGCUUCUCCUCCCGCACAGGCAUGAUAGACGAGCUGCUGGAGUCGCUGUUGGAGGAGUGGCAGAAGGCAGACCUGAUCGAUGCGCGGGCGUGUGCGGGCCCAUCCCUUCCCUCCCCCUCCUUUCCCUCCCGCACAGGCAUGAUAGAUGAGCUGCUGGAGUCGCGCUUGGAGGAGUGGCAGAAGGCAGACCUGAUAGACGCGAGGGCGUGUGCGGGCGAGACGGUAGACCUCAUCAACCGAGUGUUGGACCUCGCCAAGCUGCAGGCCGGCCGGCUGCAGCUCGAGACUCUCCCGUGCUGCCUGCGCCGCAUUGUUCAAGCUGCAACUUCAGCCGCUUUAGCCACUUCAGCAGAAGAUGGACCGAUCACACCGGGAAAGAACCUGCAAGUGACAUGCCACGUGGACGAGAGUGUGCCGGAUGUGCUCAUGGGGGACCCGACUCGCUUGGCGCAAGUCAUUGAAGAGCUCACAGCCCACGCCGUAGGCAACGCUGCUGGUGGUCGAGUGACCUUCCACGUGUGCUUCAUCCCUCCCCCACCUUCCCCCCACGUCUCAGCCAGCUGCUUCAACCUCCCCUGCGCCUCCGCCCCUGCUGCUGCCCCUGCCCCUUCUCGUGACCCACCAUGCCGCGCCCCUCACUCCCACGCCUCCUCCCGCGCCUCUAACCACCUCCCCUCGGGCUCCCCCGCGUGGCAUCAGCUGUCUGCUUGUGUGCGCCGCUUCCCCCCUGCCACCCAUCUCGCGCGGUUCCGCCAGCACCUUGUGGCCACCACCAAAGGCGCAGGCCAGGCGGAGGGAGCUUCUGAGGCGCCUCAAAUUUUUAGGCGCCUCAAAAAUCGUCUACGUCAGCACCUUGUGGCCACCACCAAAGAUGCAGGCCAAGCAGAGGGAACCUCUGAGGCGCCUCAAAAGGCGUCCCUCGCCCGCUUCACGCGCUCCCUGCAGCGCCUAGGUGCUUCAGUCAUGGGAGCUUCAGGCAUGGGGGGUUCAAAUGGAGCAAGUGUGGGGGAGGAGGGGGAGGAGGCAGAGGGUGGGAGUGGGCAUGGGCGGUUGGAGGAGGAGGUGAGGGAGUGGGUGGAGGGGGCGUGUGAAGCGAGGGAGGAGGGCGAGUGGAUGGUGGUGAUGGCGUGUGAAGACUCGGGCGGUGGUAUUCCACCCGAGGAGCUGCGGUGGGUGCUGGAUCCGCAUGGAGACUCCCACCACGCGCCUUCUCAUGCUGCUGAUGAUGCUGUUGCUCCCGCUGAUGGGGAAGGUGACGAGGAGGACGGCCAAGGCAUCAAAGUAAGUGGGUAG